AAAAGUUAUUUUCGUAUUCAUAAUUACAAUGGGUUUUUUAAACUCUUGAUUUGCCACUCAUUCGAAGAAAAUUAAAUCUUUCAUAUAUGCUCAAAUCCUAAUCAGGUACAUUAAACUUUAAUAUUGCCUUUCGUUCUGAUUAAUUUGAGAAGUAUGAUGAAAGUUCCUUGUAUUAAUUAACUAUUCAGUUCACGAUUACCGUACCAGCUAUUAUGCUACCAUCUGCUUGUUUGCUAAUAGUAUUAAUUCCAUUAUGUGAAUGUUUCUCAAAAAAGGAAAUUAAAAGUAAUAAACAUUUUGAGAGUAAAAUAGUAGGGGGUACACAUGUAACAAGGGAUCGUUUUCCUAGUGCUGUACAGUUCUUCAACGCUGGAAACUUAUGUGCUGGUAGUAUUUUGAAUAGUUACAGCGUUCUGACGGCAGCCCAUUGCUUUGAUGUUAACACCGAAAUGAAUGAUAUGGUUGUGCAAGUUGCAGGUGCCAGAUUUCUUUACGAUCGUCAAGCUAGAGUACAUGACGUAUUGUCGUUUGUCAUACACGAAGAUUACAACAAAGCGACACUCUUUGCAUGUGAUAUAGCUUUGCUGUUUCUGAGUUCGCCCAUUAAAUUCGGUAACAAAACCAAGAAAGCAGUUCUUGUAAAUAAUGGAAAGUGGAUGAAUACUGCCGAGAGACAUUUUAAAGCUACAGGAUGGGGUCAAGUAGAGUACGGUGGGCCGGUGUCAGAGAAGGGUUUGAUGAUGACAAAUUUGAGGUUCGUGCCGUCGAAGAGGUGUAGCAGACUGCACAAGGUCAACAUGACAGCGGACAUGUUCUGCCUGUACGGGGAAGGAGUCACAGACACUUGCAAAGGUGACUCGGGUGGCGGAAUUUUAUGGAACGACCUGGUGGUUGGUGUCACUUCACACGGGGACGGCUGCGCUAAGAAAGACAAGCCGAGCGUCUACUCCAACGUCUGGUACUUUAGGAAUUGGAUCCAGAAGAAUAUUAAAUUAUUCGUAAAAACCUUUUGCGAAUAAAAAAAUUUAAUAAAGUAAACUUGUUCCGGAAUGUGCGUCGUCAUCCACAAUAUAUUCCGCGUUAGCAAAAUUAUUUCUCUCGUACAAGUGGCAAUAUUUUUUUAGAAACCUUUGACUGUUGAGUUCUAUCCACUCUCGGUAAUACGAAAUGUUGGUAAGGACAGCGACAUAUGGUUGCUUUUUGUUAGCCGCACCGAAGGAAACCACUCCAACCAGUUCAUCAUUACAGACGGCUCCUCCGCCGUUGUCAAACAAUCGACGCUCCGAAUAACUCCAACCGGACACUUCAAUUCGUAUUCCAGCAUUGAGGGAAGUCCCUGGUUCUAUUAGCUGUAUUUUCUUUGUGUAUUCACUAAACUUUACAUGCACCUUUAAUACCAAUAAAGCAAUGUCGUUAUUCCAAUUCGUGUUAUGAUCAAAAUACUCGUGAAGUUUUAAAUCAAUUGCUGGUAUAACUUGGAAUUACAACACCUAAAAUACUGCUAACUCGCUAUUGAUUAUUAUUAAAUCGGUAAGGGAUGUAUGCAUUUUUUGGAGUUUACUCCAUAAGAAUCGAUUUGCAUAUAUAAGGGGCCCGGUAUGAGAAAAUUGUGAGGAGUAAAAUCUAUCGAUGAAUGACCUCGUCACGUUUUUGGUGCGCAUCCUAUGUCGCGCAACUUUGACAAACAAAGAUGACGGAUUGACAUUAAUAAAUUUUUUAAAAUCUGAACUGAAUUUAGAUA